AUGGAGGUCGAGGGUGGAUCGCUUCUCUCUCGGCCUCCCCGGGAGGAGAAAGACUUCGGCUUCUGCACGUCUGCAGGGGAGAGCUCCCAGAUGUCCUUUGAGGAGGUGGCCGUGUUCUUCACGGAGGAGGAAUGGGCUCUCCUGGAUCCAGGCCAAAGAAAACUCUACUGGGAAGUGAUGCAGGAAAACUACGAGACCGUGGUGUCUCUGGCUGCAGAUGUGAGGGAGAUGGCAAAUGAGAAGGAACCAGAAAGGGCAAUUGUGGAAAGAGAUGAAGAUCUGGAGGAAGAUUCAAAACUGGAGGGUCAAGUGGUACCAAAGAAGCAGCAGAGAAGUAAAAGGAAAGCAAAAGAGAAGUGGAGGAAGAAAUUGAUUGUCCAUCAGAGCAGGAAGAUAGCUGAGGUGCCAGGCCAUGAUGAAAUGUGGAAGAGAAAGAGAAGGCAUAAGGGUCCCAUGAACAUCAAAGUGUUGAGAUACAAACUCAGAGUUAAAAUAUGUCAGAAAAUUACAACUUGCUGGAAAACAUAUAAAUGCCCGAAGUGUGGAAAGACCUUCUUUCAGAAUUGCAAGCUGAUUAAACAUCAGAGGAUGCACAUGGGGAAGAAGCCGUAUAAAUACUUGGAGUUUGGGAAGAGCUUCCUUCACAGUGCUGACCUCACUAAACAUCACAGGAUUCAAACAGGAGAGAAGCCAUAUAAAUGCUUGGAGUGUGGGAAGGGCUUCUCUCAGAAUGGCCACCUAACUAGCCAUCAAAAGGUUCACACUGGGGAAAGGCCUUAUAAAUGCUUGGAGUGUGGGAAGAGCUUCUCUAUGUAUCAGCACCUAACUAACCAUCAAAAUGUUCACACAGGGGAAAAGCCGUAUAAAUGCUUGGAGUGUGGGAAGAGCUUCUCUCAGAAUGGCAACCUAACUAGUCAUCAAAAGAUUCACACGGGGGAGAAGCCAUAUAAAUGCUUGGAAUGUGGAAUGAGCUUUUCUCAGAAGAGCAACCUCACUAAGCAUCACAGGAUUCACACAGGGGAGAAGCCAUAUAAAUGCUUGGAGUGUGGAAAGAGCUUCUCUCAGAAUGGCCACCUAACCAGCCAUCAAAAGGUUCACGGAGGGGAGAAGCCGUAUAAAUGCUUGGAGUGUGGGAAGAACUUCUCUCUGAAGGGCAACCUAACUAGCCAUCAAAAGGUUCACAUAGAGGAGAAGCCAUAUAAAUGCUUGGAUUGUGGGAAGAGCUUCUCUUGGAAUUGCACCCUAACUAGACAUCAAACAGUUCACACAGAGGAAAAACCUUAUAAAUGCUUGGAAUGUAGGAAGAGCUUCUCUAUGAGAUACCACCUAACUAGACAUCAAAAGGUUCACACAGCAGAGAAUCCAUAUAAAUGCUUGGAGUGUGGAAAGAGUUUCUCUCACAAAAGCGUCCUUACUAAACAUCACAGGAUUCACACAGGGGAGAAGCCAUAUAAAUGCUUGGAGUGUGGGAAGAGUUUCUCUUGGAAUGAUGCCCUAACUAGCCAUCAAAAGGUUCACACAGGGGAGAAGCCAUAUACAUGCUUGAAGUGUGGGAAGAGUUUCUCUCGGAAGGCCAACCUAAUUCGCCAUCAAAAGAUUCACACAGAUUUACUGUGGGUGCUCCUUGCCCCAGAGAGCUCCCAGAUGUCCUUUGAGGAGGUUGCCGUGUUCUUCAUGGAGGAGGAAUGGGCUCUCCUGGAUCUGGACCAAAGAAAGCUCUACUGGGAAGUGAUGGAGGAAAACUACGAGACCUUGGUGUCUCUGGCUGCAGAUGUGAGGGAGAUGGCAAGCAAGAAGGAACCAAGAAGGGCAAUUAUGGAGAGAGAUGACGAUCGGGAGGGAGAAGCAAAACCUGGAGAUCAAGCGGUAUCAAGGAAGCAGCAGAGAAGCAAAACUAAAGCAAAACCGAAACAGAGGAAGAUUUCGCUUGUCCAUCAGAGCCAAAAGGUACCAGCCCAAGAUGAAAUACAGAAGAGAAAGAAAAGGCAUAAGGCUCCAAGGAUUGUGAAAAGGUUGAGCUGCAAACUGAGAGUUAAAAAAUAUCAGAACAUUACAACAUGCUGCAAAACAUAUAAAUGCUUGGAGUGUGGAAAAACCUUCAUUCGGAAGAGCAAGUUGGCUAAACAUCAGAGGAUGCACACGGGGGAGAAGCCAUAUAAAUGCUUGGAGUGUGGGAAGAGCUUCUCUCAGAAUGGCCACCUAACUAUCCAUCAAAAGGUGCACACGGGGGAGAAGCCAUAUAAAUGCUUGGAGUGUAGUAAGAGCUUCUCUCAGAAUGGCAACCUAACUAGACAUCAAAAGGUUCACACAGGGGAGAAGCCAUAUAAAUGCCAGGAGUGUGGUAAGAAGUUCUCUCAGAAUACCGACCUAACUAGACAUCAAAAGAUUCACACAAGGGAGAAGCCAUAUAAAUGCUUGGAGUGUGGGAAGAGAUUUUCUCAGAAUUUCAGCCUAACUAGCCAUCAGAAGCUUCACACAGGGGAGAAGUCAUAUAAAUGCUCGGAGUGUGGGAAGAGCUUCUCUCAGAAUGGCAGCCUAGCUAGCCAUCAGAAGCUUCACACAGGGGAGAAGCCAUAUAAAUGCUUCAAGUGUGGGAAGAGCUUCUCUCAGAAUUCAAACCUAACUAGACAUCAGAAACAACACACGGGGAAGAAGCCAUAUAAAUGCUUCGAGUGUGGGAAGAGCUUCUCUCAGAAUGGCAGCCUAACUAGCCAUCAGAAGCUUCACACAGGGGAGAAGCCAUAUAAAUGCUUGGAGUGUGGGAAGAGCUUCUCUCAGAAUGGCAACCUAACUAGACAUCAAAAGGUUCACACAGGGGAGAAGCCAUAUAAAUGCUUGGAGUGUGGGAAGAGCUUUCCUCACAGUGGUAACCUCACUAAACAUCACAAGAUUCACACAGGGGAGAAGCCAUAUAAAUGCUUGGAGUGUGGAAAGAGCUUUUUACAGAAGAGCCACCUAACUAGACAUCAAAAGGUUCAUUUAGAGGAGAAGCCAUAAAAAUAUUCAGGACAUGAGAAGAGCUUCGGGAACAUAUUAAAAUGCCUGAAAUGCGGAAUCAUCUUUGCGAGAGAAGACAGUCUAACUUCCCGCCAAAGAAUGCACAGAGGUGAGAAGCCAUAUAAAUGCCUGGAGUGUGGAAAAAGCUUCAAUCUUAAUUCCGAUCAAAGUCACAGAGAGGAGAAAUGA